AUGCGGUUCGGUCGUCACCUCAAGGAGCAGCAGAUUCACGGCUACGAGAAGGAUGUCAUUCACUACGACACCCUGAAGAAGGCGAUCAAGACGCAGCUGCUGGCGCGUUGGGGCAUCAGCGACGACCACGCGGAGAGAAACGACCGGGGGCGAGACGACGAUGUCGACUCCGUCGAGGAGGCGCUGUUGGAGAGCGCGCGCGCGGAGGACGGCGGCGAGAGCCACCGCGCCGCGUUCUUCGACGCGUUCGGGUCCGAGAUUCGCCGCGUCUCCGAGCGGUACGACGCGACGUGCGCGCGCCUCCGCGAGAAGGUUGCCGCGCUGCUCGCCGAGGCGUCCAGACCCCCGGUGCUCGAGAACAUGUCCGUCCUCGCCCCGGACACCCCGACCGGCCUCGGGACCGCGCACUCGCGCAGCCAGCACGAUGACAGGGUCGACCGCGCGUUCCGCCACGUCUACCACGAGAUCACCAUCGCCAGGCACGUCGUGUCGCUCAACUACACCGGCCUGCGCAAGAUCGCGAAAAAGUACCUGAAAAAAUCGGCCAAGGCGGCGCACCUCCUGGCGCACGCGGUGGGGACGGACGAGCACGUGGUGGACGAGACGCUGCGGGACGAGACGCGCGAGCUGCUGAGCGUCAUAUCGGAGGUCACAGAGGCGAUGGGUCACGCCAACGGCGGCGUCGGCGGCGCGGCUCGCGAAGAUGAAGUCGGGCGCACAGCUGGCGUCGGAAUCGGAAUCGAGCGCGGCGCAGUCGGCGACGGCGACGGGGACGCAGCCGGCGGCGGGUCCGGCGGCGAGGGCGGGAACGUCGACUCCGACGACGACGGCGCGUCCCACCGACGACGCUCCGACGUCGAGUCCGGGUCCAGACGUCGAGCGGCGGCGCACGUAGCGGCUCACUCGCACCACUCGGGGAGCUUGCUCGGCAGCCCGAGCAGGACCAUUUACCGCGCCUCCGCCGCCGCGGCGGAGGCUGACGUCCGCGAGCGGCUGCGCGAGCUCCCGUGCAACCGCGGCGACGAACCCGCCAAGUUGGAGACUGAGCUGGAGCGCGCGUACACGAAACUCCUGGGGCUGGACGAGGACGAGGCUUCGACGGGCGGCGGCGGCGGCGGGGGGGGCGGCGCGGACGUGGCCAGGCGGAGGCUGCGGCUGAUCGAGCGUCCGGCGCCGCCCGCCGCCGGGCAGUUGAGCUCGUUCGCGUUCGGCGCGGGGGCGAUCGCGGCGUUUGCGCUGCUCGUGAUGUGGAUCCAACCGGUCACCACCCGCGGCCACGACUGCCCGCGCUGCCUGCAGUACUUCCAGGCGAGCCUCCCCGCGUUCAGGCUCGCCGCGAUACCCGUCGUGUGGCUGUGGUGCUGGGCCGGCGUGACGCGGGCGUGCGGCGCUCACUACAUAAACUACCGGUUCCUGUUGGAGGUGAGCCUCGAGGAGGAAGCCGGGUGGCACUGGAACGCCGCGAUAGCCGCGGUGCUUACCGCCGGAUGGCUGACGGUCUUUGCGCUGUUCACCGCGUGCGUAAGGUUCGGGAUCGACCCGCUGGUGCCGGGGAGCGACCUGUCCCCGGCGUACUACCCGCUCGGGCUGCUGGUCUUCGUGAUUUUGAUUUUGACGUUCCCGCCGUCGACCAUCUUCGCGGUUGGUCGGACGGCGGCGAACAAGAGCGGCGGUUGGUCGUCGAGCGGUGACUCGAGCGGGGACUCGUUCGCGGCCAAGACUCGACGCGUGAUGCGCAUUUUCAACCCGAGGGCUCGCGCCAGCCUGCUGCGCAGCAUAGCUCACAUGGCCAUCGCGCCCUUCGGCCCGCCGAUUCGGUUUCGCGACAACCUCGUCGCCGACGUGGCGUGUUCCAUGGUUCGUUGCCUGGUGGACGGCGUCACCACGGCGCGGUUUUUCUUCACCGGCGAGUACGAGAAGCGAAAACCGUCCCUCGCGGAGGAUUUGGGUCCCACGAGCCCGGUGAUCACCGCGAUUCCGUACUGGAUCCGACUGCAGCAGUGCGUGCGGCGCUUUUACGACAGCCAGCGGGGCAGCAGGGAGCGGAUCGAGCACGUGAUCAACGCGGGUAAGUACGCCACGUCGCUCGUGUCCAUCGGGCUGGCGAGCGUCGGGAGGUACAGCGCCAUCGACGGGCCUUUCUGGUCGGACCCCGGGCGCGUGGCGUGGAUAUCCUGCCUGUUCAUCGGCGCGCUGUAUUCCUUCGCCUGGGACGUCGUCAUGGACUGGGGUUUGGUGGAGGUUUCUCUCGCGACGGACGGAUCGAACGCGGAAUCGACGCGUUGGCGGUUCCCGGUUUUCCCGUUGAAGAUUCGUUGGAAGACGACGCGGGACCGGGUGUUUCGCUCCACUUGGUUCUACGCGUGGGCCAUGUGCAGCAACCUGGUGGGACGCUUCGCGUGGGCGGUGACCAUCACGCCGCACAUGAACCGCGGGGUCUUCUUCAUCUUCUCCGGCUUGACCAACGAGGGCCUGGCCACCUUGGUCGCGGUGGUCGAGUUGCUGCGCAGGGCGCAGUGGACGUUCCUUCGUCUGGAGAACGAGUACCUGAACAACGCGGCGCACUACAGGAGCGUGGUGGCGGCGCCCAUGUUGCUCGACGACGCGUGGAGCGAACGAUGGGACGCCGAGUGGAGGUUCGAGCGAGAGGAGGCGGAGGCGAGUCGAACAACCGCCGCGGUGUACGCGGUGAUGGGGGCAAACGCGGGGAUGGCGCUGGCGGUCAUAGGGGUGUUCUACCUGGUGUACAGCGGGGACUUUUAA